AUGGACAAUCCGCUAAAAGUGACAAAAGACAGACUCACAAAUUUGAACGAGGCAUUCAUAUCUACGAUUGAAUGUGGCGAGGCCAGUCAUAACAGCGAUGAAGAAGUCUUUGCAGACCAGGAUGGGAACACCAAAUUUGAUGAAAACUCAAAGGAUUAUUGCAAAAUUGGAAGUAAAUAUAUGCACAAAUUUGAGAAUCUGGAAAAGAAAGAACAUGAGAAUAUUGAUUUAAAAUUGGUAGCGCCCAGAGACAAUAAUAUGACCCUAGUCGAUCCGUCCUAUAUAAGAGAAAGAGACUUCGGCGGGGACAAGGACUACAUAAGCGUCAGCUUCGUUAACGAUUUUAUAAAAGUGUCUAAGGAUGAAAUACGCGCUGGACAGAAGGACUUCCAUGGAGGGAGUUACAACUUCACAUAUAAAGACGGAGACAACAAGAACAAUUACGAAUACAUAAAUACAACCAACGAGUACUACAUAACCAAAAACGUGGAGGAGAAAAUGAAAAACACGGGGAUGACCACCGAAAAUUUUUGCGCGGACAAUAAAAUUUUGCUGUAUGAAGACGGGAUGAACAAGUGGUCCGACAAGAGCAGAUAUCUCUAUUUUGUUGAUAAAGAGGAGCAAAAUAAUGGAUACAAAAAAAAAAAAAAAUUUAAAGAUAUACGUCUGAACGACACCCUUAUAGUGGAUAAUUACGAGAAGUUGCUUUACAAGGAGGACCCUAGUAGUGACAAGGUCAAAAUAGAAAACUUGAUAUUGGACGUCCUCAACAAUGAUUUUGAUUACGACUAUGACUACAAUUUAGCGUCUAAUGAAAAUGCCACGCCUAAGGAUGCACUCGAGGGGGAAGACAGACGCACGGCACAGGCGCAGGCGAAGGAUGGACAAAAAAACCUCAGGAAGACGAAACAGCCCUUGAAUAUAGCCCCGAAGAUAAAAAGCAAAUACAACCGAUCUUACAUCUUGGAUUAUCUGCAUUAUGAUAACUUCUUCCAUGAUGAGCACGUGAACAUUUCUGAAAAAUCGAUCUCCGAUAACUCGGAUUGUGAAGUCCAUGAGAAGGGAAAAUAUAACUCCCCAACUUACACCAUAGGAAAUAAAAAAGAGUUUGACAUAAAAAGCAACAUCCAUAAUUUAUUAACCAAAGUUAAGACAGAACUAAAUGUCAGAGAUUUUUCAAAGUUCAUACCGGAGCAGUUUAACACGGAUGUGUUUUUAUCAAACGAAUCAGAGAGCGAAGAGUACGAAUCUGGUUCUGAUGAAAGUAUGAAUUGCAUUCUGAAGAAGAAAAAAAUCCAGUGGAAUGACAAAAAGAUGAAAGAAGAAAUGGAGCUGCUGCGCAAAUACGACUACGUGGAAUCGCUAUACUCUCCUGGCUACUGCUCCAGAAUUACGCAUAAUUUGAGGGACAAAUAUAACAAAAAGAGGGUCAACAUUUAUGACCUGAAGAAGAACCAACUGUAUGAGCAAAUAAAAAAGGACUUAAUGGACGAAGAACAAACGAAGAAGGCCGAAGAAAAUCUGCAAAAAUUCAGACUCGAACAUUUACAACUCCCCGAAGAAAAGCCAAGUGCAGAUGAAGAAGCAGAUUUGGAAAGUGUCCAGGGCAUUUCGGAAAUAGACAAACCAACCGAUCAAGGUGUACCAGAUUUGAAACACAAGUGGAAGGAUGUUGAUGAUAACAAAACGGACAGUUCCAUAACGUUCGAUAAUCUAGAUAGUAGAAGCAUAAAUAACUUGAAGAGGAAAUACAAAGCGCUGAAAAAAAGUGACAGGCCUUGUACGAGAGAGUUAAAGAGGCUAAAAUUUUACAUAUGCCGAAGGGUUAAUAAGAAGAAAUAUCUGCUUAAGAACUUGACGUCGGAUAAGGAGGACAGGAAGAAGAAGGAGAAAAUACGUAAGGCCAUGAAAUUUUCCACUCAGGGAGGCUACAACCUGUUGGCCAAGAUCCAGGAAGACGUCAAGAGGUACGAGGAGGAGGAGGAAGACGAAGCCAACCAACUGGAAGAAGAUGACCUAUUUGACAUAAACGAAAUAAGCACAUCAGAAAUGAACACAUCUGAGUACACCUACUCAUCACUAACCAUUUCAUCCUACGAAUAUUUAAAUAUACGUGGGGUGCACUAUAAUGAUAAUUCCUACGAAAAUGUAUUUUACCACAACGACCCAAAGGUGGACGUCACUUACCUGUAUGACAAUGUCCACUUUUUUCUUAUUCAACGGGACAAGCAUGAAGAGGAAACGAGAACGAGCAAGGGAAUUCUGUUCAUGGAAAUGCUCGUGUACGACCUCAAGUUCUACCGACACGGGAAGCACAUCGAAGAAGACGCAUUACUGUACACCCUAGAAAUAAACGAAAAUACAACUGCAAAACUGGAGAAUACAGAAAAUGACACCUCCGAAAUAUUGCUAAAAACGGGGAACAAAAACAGCGGAGCAAUUCAAUGUUCUAUAGCAGGCAAUAAACGAAAGAUGAGUAUCAUCUAUAACAAAAUACAUAAAAGAAUUUUACUUGUCAACUAUGUAAAAUAUUUGAACUCCAUUUCAAGUGGGGUAAUUGAAAAUGCUGUUAAUUAUUUCCUACUGGAAUGUAACAUAUUGAAUUUAAAUAAUGUCCCAUAUAACAAAAAUGCAGAUAAAAUUAUCCUUUCUUCUUCCACCCCCCACCAAGUAGUAAAUAUUUGUAGCAUCAAUUUAGUCAACAGAAAUAUGAACAUUGAAGACUUGUCUGAAUUUCUAUCCAUUUCAAAUGUCAAACAAUGCAGUUCGUUGAAUUUAACAAAGAACCCACUGUUCCAAAAUUUAACAUUUGAAGGAAUUAAGAAUGACAUAAAUUCUGUCAUCAAACGUUUUAAAUCUUUACAAGUGAAGGAACUCAUUUUAGACUUCAUUGAUCUAUCAGACACCGCGGGUGAAUAUUUUAUCACUAAAAUUUUGUUAAAUACAAAUAUUUCUUUUCUCAGCCUAGUCAGUUGUGAAUUAAAGAGUAAUAACAUAAACAACACAGUAAACCAUGUCAAACAUUCUAUGAACAGAGAGAGAAGAUUUGCAAAUGCCAUUAGUUAUGUCAAUGUAGAGUUUAACAAAUUAACUUAUUACGACCUGGUGUCUCUCCUUAAUAUUUUUUUUGAGCUAAAUAAAGAUUUUAAAAUGUUAUAUAUUUGUGGAAAUUUCAUACAGAGUGAUAUAUUCGAUAUAUCCUUCGAGUUUAAGAGGAGGAAAUCUUUCAUCCAAAUGAACAAAUUUGUCAAGCCCUCGCUGGACAUUUUCCAUGUUUACACCAUCGACCAAGUUAGGGACUCCUACCCGUGCAACUUACGGGGUGUCGCGGAACUAUUGGAGGAGGGAAAAGUCACCGAAGUCACCUUCGAGCUGUACUUCUGCUACCUGUACAUCGUGAAGCCAAAGGAAAGGCUCUACACCAUUAGAAACAUCUUAGUAGACAGGAAAGACACCAUGAGCAUAGUGGUAAUUAAGGCACUGGUUAACAACAAGGAUGUAAAAAUUCAGCUGAAUUUAUUUAAGGAAAAUAUAAUAGUUAUCUUUCACAACAUAGUACGAAAUAGCUUCAUCGGGAAGACGUACUACCAAGAGCAGAUCAGAAACGGCAGAGAAGUGAACGACAACGUUUUGAAUUACUUUAUUAUUCCAAGUGCAAAUGAGAUUAACUUUUACCAUUACAACGUCACACGAGAAGAAAUACACUUUGUUCUGGAUCUGUGUAAAAGGGGGGUCGUGAAGAACAUGAACCUCAGCCACUGUUACCUCGGCAACGAAGAUAUUCUGUACUUCAAUUCAGUGAAGACGGAUCCCUACGAUAUUAAAAUUUACAAAUUGUCUAUGGGCAAUAACUUAAUCGAUUCGAAUGUGGACAUGAAUGAGCUAAUUACUUUUCUGUCCAACUUUACCAUUUUUUUCAAAAUAAACCUUAGUGGUCUGAACAUCGGGACGCACCCCUCCGUAUGUGAAUUUUUUGUUUACCUCUUGAACAAUACCAAGUGCAAGAUUAUAAAUCUGGACAACUGCAACCUGGGAAACGCCUUCCUGCUGAAUGUCAACCGAAAUAUGAAGCAACUGAAGAAAAACAGCUACCUGAGUAUCCUAUCUAUGCAACACAACUCCUUCAGUAACAAAAAAGGAAUUUUCAAUUUCUUAAAUACCAUCAUUUCUAUAUGCACGUCAAUAGACAAGAUCAAAGUUUACACUAACUAUAUAAGUCAUGAAGACGCCAGGCUUAUAAUGAAGAACACGAUUAAAAAGAACGUGGUGUCUUUUCAGUACACUUACGACACAUCUACCUGCUCCCAGAAUGACAUGAUAAAGGUGGCCAAAAUAGCGAAGAAUAAAAUCAAUAAGGAUGUGGAGUACAGUGCAGAUAUGACAGAACAUGAGCGGAACAUAAUUGAGGAGUUUUUCGAGAAAAAACAAAAAGAACGGGGAGCGCAAGAAAGAGGUGCAGGCGAGAAAGCAGCAGACCACAAGUUCGCAAACCGCUACAAUUUGGACGACUUAAAAUCGCGACAGGUUAAAUAUUGUGUGAUGAAGUGA